ACACGAGUCACCUGCCUUGGAAACUGCCUUGACAAACAGGAAAGAGCCACCCAGCCGAGAAAUGUGACCCCAAUAGCCCCUGAUCUUCGAGGGUGGUGCUGGGGUGGAUCAUGGACCACAGAAUUGGGUGUUCUCGGUUCGGAGCAUGAGAGCUGGCGACGGAUUGCAAGCUAGACGGCUAACAAGUUCAUGUGUGUCUUACAGGUGACACACGUGUUUUGCAAAUGAGGAAGUAAAAAGUAAAAAAAUAUGGUUUACUCAGUUCACGAAGCCAAAUUCCACAAGUCAAACGCCAUGACAACCUCGAAUCAAGGACUUAGCGGCCAGCUCUACCAGGUGGAACAAGUCCCAGAACAUUUCCAUGAACUCUUCAUUCUUCGAGGGUACCGACAUCCCAAAAGUUCAGCCAAACAAUGCAUCCUAAGCCUGUUUGACGCUACAAACGAAACUCUGAAUUUCUGGACCCAUUUCCUGCCCUCCUGGUACUUCUUGUAUGUAAUGAAGGGCCUAGCCGAGACGUUGGACUUCCGCCAUGACAGCUACACGUGGCCACUGCUUGCCUAUAUGUUCGCCUGCUGUAUUUUUCCUCUUGCAAGUGCUGUUGCCCACACGUUCAACACGAUGUCAGAUAAUGCUCGACACAUAUGUUUCUUCCUGGACUAUUCUGCGUUAAGUUUGUUUAGUUUCGGCGUCGCCCUUGCCUACCGUGCCUAUGUCUUCCCCGCCAGUCUCAGGAAUACCUGGUAUGCCGAUUUCUACAUCAUUGGUGCAGCAGCCAAUGCACUUAUUUGUACCAUUGCCGCCUGCGAGACACGGUUUAUGAAGUCCGGUAUUUCACGGAAGUUUUUACGACUUGGAGCUUUUGCCCUGCCAUAUUUUUAUGAUAGCAUUCCCAUCGCGAUAAGAUUUUCUACCUGCACACCAGAAGAAUGCGAAUUAAGUGCAAAUUAUCUCCACUUCCGUCAGUUUGUUUUUGCAUUUUUGGCAGCAUUCUUGUAUUCUACACAUCUGCCUGAGCGUUUACACCCGGGCAAAUUUGACAUUAUUGGCCAUUCUCAUCAGCUGUUUCAUGUAAGCUCAAUCAUGGCAACUUUCGACCAAUUGCAAGCCGUGUUACAAGACAUGCAGGAGCGAAAGCAUAUGCUCUUAUCAGAAUGGGAAUUUUCUGCAGUGCGGGAUAGUAUCGGCUUAAUGGCAGGACUUGUUUUGAUAAACACUUUUAUUAUUCUAUUAUUUUCUCUGAGACUUUUGCGCAGAGCUAAAAAAGUUGUGUAAAGUGUGGAUAGUUUUGGAAAUAUUUUCAUAUGACAGGACCAGGUUGAAGGGGAACCCUCACUACCAGUUUGUUUGGUGUUUUCUCUUUCCACGAUGUGAGCAUGGUUAUUGGUGUUAUUUUGCACGUUUAUUGUCGAUUGUUGUUGAAUAUGUGAGUUUGAUAUACCAACGUGCAGUGCCUUUGUCAACUGGUAGACGGGUUUCCCUUUUAUCAAAAAUGUUUUAAAUAUUUUUUGAAUAUCCUUAGCAGCUUUCUGUGAUAACAGCCAUUGCUGAGAAGCUUGCUUUGUUGUACUCAUUGUUAUUUUGUGCCAUGUUUCAUAUUAGAAGCAAUAAUAAUAUAUAGUGUUUGAAAAUUAGGUGGUCAGUCGAUGACAUUAAUGUUAUGAAACGGACCCUGAACAGGUGGACUUUCAUGCUUAAUUUCAAACACUGCUUAUCAAAAGAUUAUAUUCAAAGGGGCCAUGUCAAAUGUUUGCACUAUUUUUUUCUAAGGUUCAUUUAUUUUCUACUAAUAAAACUGCCUGAUAUAAUUACAAUAUUCAGUGACAAUUUCAUAUGUUGUCAGAUAAGACAUAUCCUACAUUAGAUUUCUAUUUCCUUGAUGAAAUAUUUUGAAAUGAGUAUUGAAACUGUUGUCAACACAAAUCAAAAUGUUACUAUCAAAAGGAUGGAUAAUCAUCUACGUCACAGCCCGUUGUGUCCACCACUCACUAUUGUUUUGUUUCUAGCUUCUGCUGCCAAAAACGUCUUUUGAGAUAAGUCAAACAUAAAAAAUAUAUUCAUUUUCGCAUCACUUGAAGAUCUCUUUAUGAUAUUGUAUUGUUGUUUCUUUAUUGUAUUAGUUUUGUUAUCUUAGUUUUAUUCAGCUUGUUUUCAUGAACAGUUAUAACUUCUGAAACUUGAAAUACCAUGACUUGUUGUAAUCUCUUAUUAUAAUAAAACUUUCUAUAAAUUGAAAUUAUGAUAUGGCCACUUUGGCAGCCAUUUUGAAAAAAGUAAACUUAUACCAAUUAGUUGAUUUCUCAAAGGAUGGUUUUUUUCUCAAGUCAUUUGAAUAUUGUUAAAAUUCAUUUUCUUACAAAGUUAAUUUUCCAUAAAGUGAGCAAUGGCGCCAGUAUUUAGAUUUAUAUUUUGAUAGUCUCAACAUCGUUCAUACAUAUUGAUGUAUCACACUAGUCAGGUUUUGAUCAAUCUCAGAAUUAGAUACAUCAAAAUGUCAAAAGAGAUAUUAUCGAAGUGUUAUUUAGUUUAUAUGAGUAUUUGACGUAACAUGCCAUCCGUUUGAUAUUGUUUUCACUUACACAUACAGGGUGGGGUGGGGUGGGGGGGUGUUAUAUACAUGUAUUCAGUAGAAGGUUGUGCAACAGCAGUUACUUUCACCACAGGUAUGCUGAGGUAGGUGUUUGGUAUAUUUCUUUGCUGAGGUUGGCGUCCAGGUUUUUAAUUUGACUGCAAGCCAUGAUUUUAUAGUUGCAACUAAACAAACAUUAUGGACGCUAGGUAUUAUUUUGCAUUGACUUCCUCAAAAUUGCCCCUGUGUGGCGUAUUAGUACGUCAUGAGAAGGUCCAAGGUGAAGGUCACAAGAUUGAUAUUUUGAAAAGAUUGCUGUUGAAUUUCUCAGCACUUGCUGUACAUGGUAUAUAGUUUGAAUGUAGUGUGUUGUUUUAUUAACUGCUCUUCAGCUAUUGAUAUUGUUUUGUUAAGUUUGAAGCACAUAGUAUGUGAAGACCUUCAGAGAUCCAGGUGAAAUGCCAGU